CGCCUGCCACUAUAACAUCAAACAUGUAUUGAACAUAUAUAGCCUUUAACAUAUUUACAUACAUCAUUUAAUUUGGCGGAGCCCAAGUUAUGCACCCGAAAAGAUUAUUAAUUGGUGACGUGAGCAAAAAUGUGUUUGUAAACAAACUUUAAUAUUUUAUUUUUCUCUGUCAAAAUACAAUUCUAUGUCAUAAUCUGACAAUUGGCGACUAAAUCUAGCACAGCCAGACACUUAAUUCAAGUACACAUUUCGCCCGUUUACAAAUGGUCGCAUGACCACAAAUGAGGUGCAUUAUAUACGUACUGGAAAACAGAAAAUAUGUUUUAAUUGAGGAAAAUGGUAACAAAAUCAGGACCUCUGGCGUCUGAUAAUAAAGAGCUAAAUUGUUUGUAUAUUUCUUGUCCUCCUUUCCUUCCGAGUACAAGUAUUACCCAUCGAACCUGGGUUGACUGGUGCACAGGGCAAGACAAUUAACAUUACACCCCCACCCCAACCCCCUCUCCCUCCUGUUACACAUGUACAGCAGCUUUACGUAUGACGAGUUACACAUGUACUGUGACCUUUCCAUCACCUUCUUAACCUCAAUGCUUAAAAAUUAAUAAAAUACCAAUUCUUUUAAUUUAGCACUUUGUUGGAGGAAAUGGACCAACUGCCAUGUACCCUGACCCUAUACAAGCUGAUUGUUCAUCGAGCACGCCUGCCAGACAUAGGCCAAGGAUCAGAGAGACAACUCCAUGGUUGAACAAAAGAAAAAGAAAAAUCCCUCUGGAAGAAAACACAGAAAUUUAUAAUGUGGAACCUGUAUAUAAUACAGAAGAAGUCACUGCAUUUUGUGACCAGGCCACACAGACUGAUUCUUAAUAAAUACCUCCGCUUCCAACUCUUCCCAAAGUUCCGUCAAAGGUACAAGCUGAAGGACUUCAGUGUAGAGGAGGAAGUCCUGCAGACAGUCCGAGUAGUAGUGUCAGGUCACUGGAGCAUAGGAGCAACAGGGAGAGAUAUUUGAGGAGACAAAGAGGUGUAAGUCCAAGUAGUGAAAGGAGAUACAGAGGGGGAAGUGGUGAAAAGGAAAAAAGGAGUUAUAGAGAGAGAAGGGAGAAAAGGAGUUAUAGAGAGAGAAGUGAUGAAAGGGAGAAAAGUGAUGAAAGUGAGAAAAGGAGUUAUAGAGAGAGAAGUGAUGAAAGGGAGAAAAGGAGUUAUAGAGAGAGAAGUGAUGAAAGGGAGAAAAGGAGUUAUAGAGAGAGAAGUGAUGAAAGGGAGAAAAGGAGUUACUUGUGGAAGUAUGACUCCAAGAAGUCAUAGUUAUAGAUUAGUAGAGAGGGGAAUCAACAAAGGAAGGCAUUCAAAGGAAGGUGCUCACAGACCUGAUCAGGAAGAAAAAGCUAGACAAAAAGACAGAUUUCCAAUGCCUGAAGCUAGAUUUCAACGCAAGGUACUAACAUUGUUAGCAGAGAUUAGAGACAUGCACAGCCAUCGGGUCCUGGAGGAUGAUGGUAAAAUAUCUCGCCUGCAACAAAUGGAUUCAUUAGAGAAACUGGAAGGAUUUGAGAAGGAGAUUGAUGAGCCCACAAAGAAGAAGGCUGUGAAGGACUAUAUAUCUAGGAUCAGAGGGGUUGACGCCAACAGCCAUGUAAAACAAGAGCUGUCCCUCAAAGGCUGUGAUGGCAAAAAUGAAUCUUUGCGGGAAGAAGAACAAGCUUGCCUUUGGAAAAACAACUCUAUGCCAAAUAAUCACUGGUAUGUAUAG